GAAACUGUGCGUUAGUUAGUUGGCUUAACUAAAUAUGGAUUGGCAGCGUUCCACUGCGGGCGCUGGGCAGCUGCUGCUUAGCUGCUGUUUGCUCAUCUCAUUCACAUUGACGCAUACCUGGAGCCUGGCUGCAAUUGCCACACCUGCCGCUGCACCUGCACCUGCCACCACCUCGUCUUUGGCUUGGUCGCCAGUUGUGGCAGCUAAGCCAAUUGCUCGACAACUAAAUCAAAUCUCACCAUAUUUGGAUCUGGCUCUCUGUCCCAUACGUGAUGAACCUUGGACGUGUGCUCGCCAACGAUCGGCCAGAAUUUUGGAUGUGUGGGAUGCCGAGUUGUCGGUGCAAUGGCAAAAGUUGAAAGUGGAAGCCGAUCGACAGCUGAACGCAACGCUCGAGAGACGUGGCUACAGCGCCUCCGAGCUGCCCAUAAGUGAGAAGCCGUCGACGUUGCUGAAGAAAAUCGAAAUUGGCACGAAAUACAUGAAGGAGUAUCUCGCCGAAACGAUGGACGGUUUCCUUGGCCGUGAAUAUGAAUAUCUGCAGGCACCGAAAGCGGCAUCCAGCGAUAGUGAAAACGCUGACUAUGACGAUGAGACGGACGCCGAAGCUGAUGCUGAUGCUGAAGGUGAAGGUGAAGGGGAUGCUGCCGACAGUGCGGAUACCGGCGAGGAAGAGGAUGAGGCGGAUGGAUCUGAUGGUGAACAGGAAACCAGCGAUGCCGAGGAGGAUGAAGCGGAAGAUGAGCCCGACAAUGAAAGUGUUCCAAUUGUGAAGAAGCCCGCCGCCAAUGUCGAAGUUCCCAAUGCAAAUGGAAAUGUCGAUGAAGACGUGAAAAACUCGGUGCUUAGCGCAGAUGGCGAUGGCACUUCAGGUGGCGUAGAGUUCAUAGAACUCGAGGAUGGCGCAGAGGAUGCGACGGGUGCGGUGAAAAAGCCCGGCGGCGGUAAGCGCAAGAAGAUGAAGAACAAGCGGAAGAACAAGAAGAAGGGACAGCAACAACAACCAGCCACACUGGUCGUGGUGCAGGCGGCGCCAGAGCAUCAUGAUGUGGACUUCGGGCACGAAAGCGAUUCACCGAUUGUCAGUCAUGGUCAUGGAGGAAAUGAAGGUGGUGCGAAGCCGUUUAAGAGGAAGCAGAAGCGUGGCAAGCGCAAGAAGAAGGGUCAACAAGGUUCGACGGUGCUGGUGCAAGAUCACGAGUCAAGCGAUCCCCUUGGUCUGGAGCUGCUGGAAGAGUUGGUUGACAGCGGAGUUGGCAUCGGCGGUGGAAAGCGCAAGCAUAAAUUCUCAACAAAUUAUGGUAGAAGUAACGGAGUUACACGCGGUAAGAAGAAGAAGAAGAGGAAGGCACUCGCUAAGCUGGCGCUGAUUGGUACUCUGCUGAAGGCCAAAAUCGAGUUGCUGCUGAAGAUAUUGGGCGCUCACUUGCAGAUCAAGUUCUUUGCCAUUGCGCUGAUCGGACUGCUCAUCAAUAUUGCUCGCUUCUGGAUCGAUGUCAAGCGUGGCGGCACACCGUCCAAGGUUGUCUAUGUCGAACAUGCUCAUCAUCAGCACCAUUACGAGGACCAUGGCGAUGAUUGGGGCGGUGAGGGUAGCUACUGGAAGCGUUCGCUGCAAACGGAUCCCUCCAUCGAGGACGUGGACUCCUCCACGGACAGCUAUCAGCUGAGAACACAGCCACAACAGCAACAGGCCCAAGAUGCCCACUAUCUGGCAUAUCGCAAUCAAUAUCAGUGGCAGUGAGUGCGCCCCAUGGGAACAUUCAGCAUUACAUAUUUAUCUUUAAUGUUUAACCUAACCUAACCUAAUAUUUAUUUCGAUAUCGUAAUAUGACGCUGAUUAUUAAAUAAUCCCCAUAUAGUCCUAGUUAUUCGAAAUUAAUUUUAGCACAAAUGCCAGUAAAACAAUUUUAGCUAUAACCCCGCCUUAGUAGAAAUUUAUCUUGAUUUAUAUGUAGUGCAAUAAUCCCAAGUUGAUAACUUUAUCAAUUUUUUUUUCAACAUAGAACAAAUUAAUUGUAGCAUUAAGUAAUUUAUUCGUUUUAUUUAUUGUACUCGUAUGUUAUUUAUUAUGAACCAUAUUAAAUUCUUCAAGAACUGUAAA